GUGGACUUCCUACCUGUGCCAUUCCCCCACACUCUCUCAGGAAAGGGCAGUUUUCUGCUCAGGCCCAUUCUGCUACAGCAGCUUCCACCCAGAAACAGCUGUACUGAAGGAAGGAGGGGGAGAGGUGUUGCUUGCUGUCUUCCUGGAUCGCCCAUUGUAGCUUUAACUAACAAAAGCAGAGACCUUUCCUCAACUGAAGGUCCUCCAAAGUGAUUUCCACCGAACUAAAUGAGAAAAGACGAUGACGGUUGUGGCGGCGACACUCUGUGUCGUCUUGCUGCUGGUAUUAUUUGUUUCGACUCUCGGGGAUAAACACUCCCUGUAUUAUCUCUACACUCACCAGUCCAGAAACUCUUCAGACAGAGUCUCUGAGUUCAGUGCAGUGACUCUGCUGGAUGACAGACAGAUUGACUCCUACAGCAGUACAGACGGGGUCAGGACUCCUAAACAGGACUGGAUGAAUGAGAUGAAGGAGAGAGAGUGGAAAUCAGGCACAGAAAAGCUGAAGUAUGAUGGGGAACUGUUAAACCAGGUUGACAUACAUAUGAAGACCUUAAGACACAAUAAGCCAGAUGGUCACACUCUGCAGUGGAGAGUCGGCUGUGAGGGUGAAAAUCAUUCUGGUGGCUUACUUUUAGUGUUAAACUGCAUUAAUGAAUACGGCUACGAUGGACAGAACUUAAUCUCUUAUAACUGGACCUGGAGAAAAUGGUCAUCCUCAGUCAGUCAGCCUAAAGCGUUGGAGGAGGAGUGGAACGCUGGGCAUGUUGAUCAGAGAUGUGAAGACUGUGUGCACUGGCUGAGGACGUAUUUAAAGUUCAGCACUACUGACACCAAACUGACUCCGCCAGACGUUCAUGUGUUUGCAAAGAAAUCUACAACUAACUCAGGAAUGCUGACCCUGACCUGCCUGGCCACGGGCUUCUACCCCAAAGACGUGGAGAUUAAACUGAGGAAGUUCACCACUUCACUGCCUGAACAUCUACUGACAUCCUCAGGAGUCAGACCCAAUGAUGAUGGAACCUACCAGCUGAGGAAGAGUGUGGAGAUCCAGGAGGAUGAAGCAGCAGAAUACGACUGUUCUGUGACUCACAGCUCCAUCGAAGAACCGAUAAUUAAACAGUGGGACAAACGCUGCUUUGACUGCGAGAGUUCAGGUUCAGGAAUGGUUGGAGGAGUGAUUUGUGGAGUGGUGGUGCUUCUGCUGAUUUUGGGUGGGAUCAUCUUCACCCUUAUAAAGAAGGGGAUAGUUGGCAUUCCAGGUGCUGCAGGUUCUGCAGGUGCUGCAGGUGCUGCGACGACUGCAGCGACUGCUCUGCAAGCCCCGCCAAAUGGUGUUCCUGAAGAACUCUUGACAGCUGACCGUAAAGCUGGUGGUGGUUCUGACGCCGGUUCUGACUCUGGACAGGGAACUGGCUCAACCAAUAGCAGCAAUGGAAACAUUGGGAAUGGAUCAUCUGGUAAUGGGCACACAUACGCGAAUGGCACGAAUGGAGCUCCUGCUACCACUUAAUCUGCUGUUUCAACACCUCAGACCAGCCAGCUCAACGACUCAGUUUCAGCAUUUUACUGUACAUUUCAGAUAUCAAGGCCUUUAACACUUCAGACACAAUCCUCAGCAUACAUUUCAGAACUCUUCUGCUGAUCACUGUGUAAAUGAUGUUUGAGUAUAUUAAACAGAACCACCAGUAAAUGUGUUAAGAGUGACUGUAGACAAACAAGACAAUCCUUUAUUGGUCCCACAGGGGGAGAUCCUCAACAUACCGUAACAUAUGUGUGUCACAGUAGCAGGUCAGGAAAGUUGAAAUGGUGGGGACCUCUGAUGCAAUUAUUUCAUCAAGUUAGUUGCAUCAGAUAUCAUCUAGAACCAUGUUUUCAUAGAGGUCAGCUGUAUAUUUCAUACUUUUUGGCACUUCUGGAUAAGGUGUAUCCAGUCAAAGCAUUUCAGUGCUUUUAAUGAUUGUUUUUGUGUUUGGAUUUCUCUUUAGCUUUAAAUCAGUAGAUACUCAAUAAGCUUGACUCAUAAUUCGCAAUACUGAACUGUGCAGUUCUAAACAGCAGAUUAUACAUCAUAGUGCCUAACUGCAUCAUGCAUACUUACACCUGUCUUUAAUUUUAUCCUGUCCUGCAUUUCCAGCUGUAAUGUUAUAAAGAACUCAGAACCCAAGAUGGAAUGAUUUUACAUGUAUGUUAUGUUUCUUUAAGCUUUUUAUAUCUUUAUUUGGUGCAGCCUCAGUAAGGCCACAAGCAAGUUAACAUUGAUUCU